AUGGCAGAGCAUUGCAAGAUCUCUGCUGCCAUUGUAGCUGGAUCUGACGAAAGGUCGUGUGUGCUCAAGGUAGAUGGAUACUCCAGAGCCAAGGCGCUACUCAAGAACGGCAAGUUCGUCAGUUCUCCCCCUUUCAGUGUUGGAGGCCACGGGUGGGUCGUGAGAUAUUUCCCAAACGGUACCGAUAAGAUUUACGCCUAUCACAUAUCUGUUUAUCUACGUCUUGAAUCUGCCGAUGCUAAAGAUGUCAAGGCGAAAUUCACGUUCAGUGUACUUGACAAGAACGGUGAACCGGUGCCUUCAUACAGCCGUACCCACCCUGUACAUACCUUCUCAACGAAAGGUUCAGACUGGGGUUACCAUGACUUUGUGAAGAGGGCUGAUUUGGAGGCAUCGGCGCAUCUGAGAGACGAUUGUUUGACCAUUAGGUGCUAUGUCACCGUGACCAAGGAGAUCAACGGGGAAGAAGAAACAAGGGUUCCUCCAGGAGAUCUGCACAAGCAUCUCGGCGACCUCCUGAAGAACAAGGAUGCAGCAGACCUAACCUUUCAAGUCGGCGGACAGACAUUCUCUGCUCACAGGUGUGUCCUCGCUGCUCGCUCAUCCGUCUUCAAGGCGGAGCUCCUUGGCGCCAUGGAGGAGAGUUCCGGUAGCCUGAUUGAAAUUUGGGACAUGGAACCUGAUGUGUUCGAGUCCUUGCUCCACUUCAUAUACACCGACUCUGUCCCUGUCCUUGAGAUGGCUAGCAACAAAGGCGGAACUGAUAUGGUUAUGGCUACCCAUCUUCUUGUAGCGGCUGACAGGUACAACAUCGGCAGGCUGAAGCUUAUAUGCGAGGAGAAAUUGUGUACUCACAUUGAUUCCAACAUGGUGGCCACAAGUUUGGCUUUAGCAGAGCAGCACGGUUUCCAUGAUCUCAAAGGUGCUUGUUUGCAAUUCCUUUCUUGUCCUUCCAAUGUCAAGGCUAUGAUGGCAAGUGACGGUUAUGAGCAUUUGAAAUCUAGCUGCCCAUCUGUUCUCAAGGAGUUGAUAGCUAGAAUCCUGCCGCCUGAAUGGGACGUGGCAAAGGAUAUUGUCAUGACAAUGUGGAAGUAA